AUGGUCUCCUGUCUGCGCCUCGUGCGCCAAUGCCGUGGUUUCGCCACGCAGCGUCCCUCCUCCAAGCGCAUCGGCGGCGCACUCAGUCUCGAUCACUUCCUGCAGCGAUCCAAAGUCAUUUCAUUUUACCGCACCAUCCUCCGCGGGUGUCGCGGCAUCAACAAUGCGCAGACGCGGCGGGAGACGCAAAAGUUUGUCCGGGAUGAGCUAGAGCGCCAUCGCCAUGUCACUGAUUUACAACAUGUACGAUAUCUACUGUCUACGGGAAAGACGGAAUGGGAUGCCAUGGAGCGGUAUAUAGGGGGUAUGUAA